CUUCUUGCAGGCAGGUGACAGCAGGAACAUGUCUCGGGAGCUGCAGGAUGUGGACCUCGCCGAGGUGAAGCCUUUGGUAGAGAAAGGGGAGACCAUCACCGGCCUCCUGCAAGAGUUUGAUGUUCAGGAGCAAGACAUCGAGACUUUACACGGCUCCAUUCACGUCACACUGUGUGGGACCCCCAAGGGAAACCGGCCUGUCAUCCUCACGUACCACGACAUCGGCAUGAACCACAAAACCUGCUACAACCCUCUCUUCAACUACGAGGACAUGCAGGAGAUCACCCAGCACUUUGCUGUCUGCCACGUGGAUGCCCCGGGCCAGCAGGACGGCGCUGCCUCCUUCCCCAUGGGGUACAUGUACCCCUCCAUGGAUCAGCUGGCCGAAAUGCUUCCUGGAGUCCUUCACCAAUUUGGGUAUUGCCAGGUCGUCUGUCUCACCUCGAGUCUUGAAUUGCAGCUGAACAACCCCGAGAUGGUGGAGGGCCUCGUCCUCAUCAACGUGAACCCUUGUGCCGAAGGCUGGAUGGACUGGGCCGCCUCCAAGAUCUCCGGAUGGACCCAAGCCCUGCCAGACAUGGUGGUGUCCCACCUCUUUGGGAAGGAGGAAAUGCAGAAUAACGUGGAGGUGGUCCACACCUACCGCCAGCACAUCGUCAAUGACAUGAACCCCGGCAACCUGCACCUGUUCAUCAAUGCCUACAACAGCCGGCGGGACCUGGAGAUAGAGCGACCGAUGCCUGGAACCCACACGGUGACCCUGCAGUGCCCUGCUCUGCUAGUGGUUGGGGACAACUCCCCUGCUGUGGAUGCUGUGGUGGAGUGCAACUCAAAACUGGACCCAACGAAGACCACUCUUCUCAAGAUGGCGGACUGCGGCGGCCUCCCACAGAUCUCUCAGCCGGCCAAGCUCGCUGAGGCCUUCAAGUACUUCGUGCAGGGCAUGGGCUACAUGCCCUCCGCCAGCAUGACACGCCUGAUGCGGUCCCGCACGGCCUCCGGCUCCAGCGUCACCUCUCUGGAUGGCACCCGCAGCCGCUCCCACACCAGCGAGGGCACCCGCAGCCGCUCCCACACGAGUGAGGGAGCCCGCAGCCGCUCCCACACCAGCGAGGGGGCCCACCUGGACAUCACUCCCAACUCGGGUGCCACCGGGAACAGCGCCGGGCCCAAGUCCAUGGAGGUCUCCUGCUAGGCGGCCUGUGCAGACUGCAGACCCCGGACUCUGAUCUCUGUAGCGGCCCCCUCCCCUCCAGCCCCUUCCUGCCCCCUGCCUGCCACACUGCGCCUAACUCGGUAUUAAUCCAAAGCUUAUUUUGUAAGAGUGAGCUCUGGUGGUGACAGAUUGGGUCUGUCUCGGGCACCCUCUCCGAUUAGGGCAGGGCGGCAAUGGACCAAAGGAAAGCGGCAUCUCGGUGUCCUGUUCCAUUAACCGGUGGCCGGUUGCCACUCUCUUACCCUCCCUCAGAGAUACCAAACUGCCAAAAACAAGCACCAUCGUGGUAAACACUUCACAAAGCCAAGCCCAGGCUGCCCCCAGCAUCCUGGUUCAGAGGGGCGCUUUGUCAGACGGCCGGCCAUCCACCUCCUGUUUCCUCUCCAACUACAGAGAAGCUGCCCAGUUCCAGGAAACAAAAUCCUUUUCCGAUUUGGAGGGGGGAGAGCAGUGACGUGUGGACACCUCUUUUAAAUAGGCAAAACAGGAAGUGGGGGAAAAGAGGUGGACUUUAUAUUGAGGCUAGAGGCAUUUGGAAAAAAACAAAUCCAUAUAGCUGACUUGAAGAAAUCGAUUUUUAAAGUUGGUGCAUAUAUAAACCUUCGAACGCCGACGCACCCAAGCCUGUUUUUCUAGCGUCCUUUUAAUGUGCGGCAAAAGCGGGCAACCAAAGCUCCGGCUUUAUGGAAAGAACGCUGUGGCAAAUGCUGGUGUCACGGUUUCUGAAGGCUUUGGCUCUGCCCUCUGCUUCUCCCCCACAAACCCUUCUCCCACCCCAGACACGUGAGCGUGUGAUUAUUUUUGUUCGUGGAGAAGAUAAUUUAGAUCUGUAGUUGCAUUCUUUGCAAUGGAGGGAAAUGUUCUGGCCAGCCGCUCCUGGCUGUGUGAGUCUCCUUGCAGGGGGGUGGGGGGGAGGGCGUUGGGGUGGGCGGUAUUUGCGUUCCUAGAUGGGAGGGAUUCCUUGUGUUCGUGAUGGAAUCAAGUACAGUUGUGAUUUCCGUGGAUCCCAUUCCGUGAUUUCCCAGGAAUCUUGAUGUGAUUGAGUUAAAUCCAGUUUCCAAUCUUUGACAGCUGGGCCCGAAUCUCAACCUACUAGCUGAACGUUUCCCACCUGGUAACAUUACUGGAUCUUCAGAUAGAACUUUUUGCUCUUGUGGGGUGGGGGUGGGAAUUCACAUGGGAAUGGUGGCUGAGAAAAUGCCAGGAUUCGGAAACAUAUAUUCCAUGGGACUAUCCUUCCCUCUCCUGCCUUCCUCUCUUCCUGCCUCCCUAACCCCCUUACUCCAAAUGCGGUGGCACCACUGAUCUAUCUGAGCAGUGUCAGCGGAGCUGCCAAGUUCCUAUACUACUGCCUGUGAUUUUCAUUCUGGCUAACCGUGGAUUUUCUGAGACGUUUGAUCAGAGUGCAUCAAACAUUGUGAGUCAGCCACUGGGGCCUGGUGGUUUCCAGGACCCUAGAGUUAGUAGAAGGAAGUCGACGAGUCUUCUAGGUGGCGUGAGUGGCAAUGACUCAUUUACCUGCCACCCACCACCUGGGAGGCUCCCCCUGACCUUGUGCAGAAAGGUCGAGGAUCGGGGCCAGAGUGGCUGAACGCAGACCGGGAACUGUUGUGUUCGAGUCUUUCCAGAGGAGUUUCUUAAUGAGAUAUUUGUAUUUAUUUCCAGACCAAUAAAUUUGUAACUUUGCA